AUGGUAUCGGUCGAAACCACCUUGGCUGGGGCCUUAAUGUUGAGUCUCGCACUCGCUCAGUCAACGACUACGACGAACACCCGUCCGUCCGAUGUCCAGACUCUUUACGGUCUAUGUGGAGGCCUAGCUGCAUUCCCUACCCCAUUCACCCGCACCUUAUGUGAGGAUGGGGCAACUUGUAACCGUCCCAAUAGUUUCUAUUGGCAAUGCGUUCCUGCUCCUAGAACUACGCCUCCAACGACAACGACCUCGGAGUACGCCCCCAAGACUACCACCACUCCGGUCGUGACUACUACGACUUCUCGACUUCAAUCAAGGUUUGGACAGUGCGGUGGGAUUGCAUGGCCAGGCCCUCAAGCUUGUAGCUCUGGUCUCACGUGUUCAACAGCGAAUGCUUACUUUGCCCAAUGCUUGUAA